UCUGUGAUGCUGGGGCCAUCCUACAACCACACAGCGGAAAACCCUGCCACCUUCUUCCUUGUGGGCAUUCCAGGUUUGCAGUCUUCACACCUGUGGCUGGCUGUCACACUGAGUGCCAUGUACACCAUAGCCCUGCUAGGAAACACCCUCAUCGUGACUGUCAUCUGCAUGGAUUCCACUCUCCAAGAGCCUAUGUAUUGCUUCCUCUGUAUUCUGGCUGCUGUGGACAUUGUUAUGGCUUCCUCUGUGGCACCCAAGAUGGUGAGCAUCUUUUGCACAGGAGAUGGCUCCAUCAGCUUCAAUGGUUGCUUCACUCAAAUGUAUUUUGUGCAUGCAGCCACAGCUGUGGAGACAGGGUUGCUGCUGGCCAUGGCGUUUGACCGCUAUGUAGCCAUCUGCAAGCCCCUACACUACAAGAGAAUCCUCACUCCCAAAGUGAUGCUGGUAAUGAGCAUGACCAUUGCCUCCAGGGCAGUCAUGUUCAUGUCUCCACUGAGUUGGAUGUUGAGUCAUUUGCCUUUCUGUGGCUCCAACGUGGUUCCUCAUUCUUACUGUGAGCACAUGGCUGUGGCCAAGUUGGCAUGUGCUGAUGCCAUGCCCAGCAGUCUCUACAGUCUAAUUGCUUCCUCCAUUAUUGUGGGCUCUGAUGUGGCUUUCAUUGCUGCUUCCUAUAUCAUGAUUCUCAGGACAGUUUUCAAUCUUUCCUCCAAGAACGCUCAGCGGAAGGCACUAAGCACAUGUGGCUCCCAUGUGGCUGUCAUGGCCCUAUACUAUCUACCUGGCAUGGCAUCCAUCUAUGUAGCCUGGCUAGGGCAGGACAUGGUACCCUUACAUACGCAAGUGCUGUUAGCUGACCUGUACCUGAUUAUUCCACCCACUUUAAACCCCAUUAUCUAUGGCCUGCGGACCAAACACAUACGAGAAAGAAUACAGAGCUUGCUGAUAUAUUGUCUGUUUGACCAGUUCACACAGGGUAUAUAA